AUAUUUGAGGCACCAUCCCUGCCAUUGCCGGGCACUCGCGGCGCUGCUAACGGCCUGGUCACAUGCUCUCCGGAGAGCUACCGGAGGGCGCUGGGUAACCUCUAUCUGAGCCGCGGCCGCGAGGAGGAGGGAAAAGGCGAGCCAGGAGGAAGAGUGGGAGGGGGAAAGCGGCGAAGGAGGAGGAAGAGGAGGAGGGGAGCACAAAGAAUCCAGGUCUCCGGGGCGGGAGGUUUACAGCAAGAACCAUGUGUGCCGAGCGGCUGGGCCAGUUCGUGACCCUGGCUUUGGUGUUGGCCACCUUCGACCCGGCGCGAAGCACCGACGCCACCAACCCGCCUGAGGGACCCCAAGACCGGGGCUCCCAGCAGAAAGGUCGCCUGUCCCUGCAAAACACAGCGGAAAUCCAGCACUGUUUGGUCAACGCUGGCGACGUGGGAUGUGGCGUGUUUGAAUGUUUUGAGAACAACUCUUGUGAGAUUCGGGGCUUACAUGGAAUUUGUAUGACAUUUCUGCACAACGCUGGAAAAUUUGAUGCCCAGGGCAAGUCAUUCAUCAAAGAUGCCUUGAAGUGCAAGGCCCAUGCUCUACGCCACAGAUUCGGCUGCAUUAGCCGGAAGUGCCCGGCUAUUAAGGAAAUGGUGUUCCAGCUGCAGAGGGAAUGCUACCUCAAGCAUGACUUGUGUUCUGCUGCCCAGGAGAACACCCGGGUGAUGGUCGAGAUGAUUCACUUCAAGGACUUACUGCUGCAGGAACCUUAUGUGGACCUGGUGAAUCUGUUGCUGACCUGCGGGGAGGAAGUGAAGGAAGCCAUCAUGAAUAGCGUGCAGGCUCAGUGUGAACAGAACUGGGGAAGCCUGUGCUCCAUCUUGAGCUUCUGCACCUCAGCCAUGCAGAGGCCCCCCACAGCACCGCCUGAACGCCAGCUCCCAGGGGACAGAGCCAAGUUCUCCAGGCUCCAUCACGGGGAAGUGGGUCACCACGUCCCAGAGUCCAGCAGUCGGGAGACCAGCCGAGGUGCCAAGGGCGAGCGAGGUAGCAAGAAUCACCCAAAUGCCCAUGCACACUCCCGGGGCAGAGGUGCUGGCCAUGGGGCCCAGGGAACUUCUGGAAGCAUCGAGUGGGAGGAUGAACAGUCUGAAUAUUCUGACAUCCGGAGGUGA